UGCGCCCGACGGCCAUUUUAUCAACCCCAGCUUUUCCCCUCUGGACGAAACUCACCGUUGGCACAUUAAAAGCAUCAAUUCAAGGUAUAUUGCGAGGGAAACUGCUUCUGGUCUGCGACGAAUCUUCAUCUGCAACGUGCCGCCCCUUCAUUUCGAGCUCUCCGCCCGGCAACAUCACACGACCGCUCAGCAACGCAACCAACCCAUCGCUGAGAGCUAUCGCAUCGGCAAUAUGGCCGGCCGUAUUAGACAACCGAUUGAUCUCGAAUCAUUCAGCAAAUUCGUUGCCCAGAAUGUCCCCGAGAUCAAGACCCCAAUUGAAUUGAAACAGUUUGGCUUUGGUCAAUCCAACCCUACCUAUCAGAUUACCGAUGCCAAGGGCGACAAGUAUGUCCUGCGUAAGAAGCCCCCAGGCAAGCUUGUCUCCAAGACGGCCCACAAAGUCGAACGCGAAUACCGCAUCCUGCAUGCCCUUGAGAAGACGGAUGUAGCCGUCCCCAAGACCUACUGCCUCUGCGAGGACGACAGCGUCAUCGGCACGCCGUUUUACAUCAUGGAGUUCCUUGACGGCCGCAUCUUUGAGGACUUCACUAUGCCCGGCCUCUCGGCUGAGGAGCGCUCUGCGCUCUGGAAGGCUGCCGUCGAGACACUCGCCAAGUUCCACAAGGUCGACUUCAACAAGGUCGGGCUUGAGAAGUUUGGCAAGCACCACGGCUUCUACUCGCGCCAAGCUGAGACCUGGAAGACCAUCUGCGAGAUGCAGGCCAAGGUCCCGGAUGUCGAGACCAAGGAGGAGGUCGGCCAGCUGCCGUACUUUGACGAGCUGAUUCGCUUCUUCAAGAACGAGAAGAAGCAGCCCAAGGAUAUGGCUACGCUGAUCCACGGCGACUACAAAAUCGAUAACAUGGUCUUCCACAAGACGGAGCCCCGUGUGAUUGGUAUUCUUGAUUGGGAAAUGUCGACAAUCGGCCACCCCCUUUCUGAUAUCUGCAACUUCACCAUGUCCUUCUACAUGGCCAAUGCGCCAGGAGGUACUGGACACAGAGAUAUGGACGGCUUCAAACCUGGCGCUACGCCUGGCAUGCCACAGCCCGAUCAGAUUAUCCAAUGGUACAUGGACGCCGGCGGCUACGACCCGCGUCCCAGCAUGAAAUGGGGCAUGGCGUUCUGCAUCUUCAAGCUGGCUGGUGUGUGCCAGGGCAUUGCGGCCAGAUAUGCGCAGCGACAGGCUAGCAGUGAGAAGGCAAAGGAGCAUGCAAAGACUAGAAUCCCUCUAGCUAUGUUUGCGUAUAUGCUGGCAGAGGAGGCCAACGGCGGCUCGUCACCGAAGCUGUAAAAAAAGAGUGAGAGAGAGAGGUGAUGAAGGGUGCAUGCACGCAUUUAUAUGUAUUACGAGUCCACUAUUUUUCUUCUUUUGCUGGUUUAGCCUUGCACCAAAUGUAUAUGAAAACAAUGCAUAUUGAUGUGUUAUUGGACAAUGGUUUCUUAUCACAUUUGCUGUUCUAGGUGAGUACAUGAGUGAAUGGCGAGAUUGGUAGCCCUUUGGACAGAUCGCAAGAUUGCUCAUCUGGCUUGAGAAGUACAAUGGGGCUAAAUGGAGUACGUACUUACGGGGUU